UUUUUCAGAACGCCUUGAGCAUGGGUCCCACACAGUGGGACUUCCCUGUGGAGUUAUGUUGUCGGCCGAUGGCCUUUGUCGCUCUCACCGGCCUGGAUGUGGUGUAUAAUGCUGUCCACCGAGCAGUCUGGGAUGCUUUCUGUGCCAAUCGGAGGGCUGAUCGGGUACCAAUUUCUUUCAAGGUGCUCCCAGGGGACCACGAGUAUCCCAAAUGUAGACCCAAGAGAACUUCCUACGAGUGGUACAUUCCGAAAGGGAUCCUCAAGACCGGCUGGAUGAACAAGCAUCUGAACCUGGUGCCAGCCCUGGUGGUUGUAUUCUACGAGCUGGACUGGGACGAGCCGCAGUGGAAGGAAAAGCAGUCCGAGUGCGCCACCAGAGUGGAGAUAGUCAGGCAGAGUUUACAAGGGAGAAACACAAAAGUUGCAGUGGUUCUGAUUCAGAAGAAAACCCCGUUGCCCCCAGGAGAGGAUGUUAUGGCUUCAGAAAGGGCUGCAGCUUUAUGUAAUGCGUGUGAACUCUCAGGAAAAUCUUUGUUUGUCCUGCCCCACACUGACCACCUUGUGGGUUAUAUUAUAAGAUUAGAAAAUGCCUUUUAUGAACAUGCACAGACCUAUUACUACACAGAAAUCAGAAGAGUGAAAUCUCAUAAAGAAUUUUUGAAUAAAACAACACACCAGCUUUUAUUUGUUAGACAUCAGUUUAAAAUAGCUUUCUUCAGUGAGUUGAAACAAGAUACACAAAAUGCGCUGAAGAAUUAUCGGACUGCCUAUAAUCUUGUACAUGAAUUGAGAGCCCAUGAAACUAAUAUUCUGGAAAUUAAGACUAUGGCAGGAUUUAUAAACUACAAGAUCUGUAGGCUAUGUUUUCAGCACAACACCCCAUUGGAUGCAAUUGCUCAGUUCCGAAAACACAUCGACUUGUGUAAGAAAAAAAUCGGAAGUGCGGAGUUGUCCUUUGAGCAUGCUGCGUGGAUGUCUAAACAAUUCCAGGCCUUUGGAGAUUUAUUUGAUGAAGCUAUUAAGUUAGGGUUGACAGCUAUUCAAACUCAGAAUCCUGGUUUCUAUUACCAGCAGGCAGCGUACUACGCCCAGGAGCGGAAGCAGCUCGCAAAAACCCUCUGCAGCCAUGAAGCUUCGGUGACGUAUCCCAAUCCUGACCCCUUAGAAACACAAACAGGCGCUCUUGACUUCUACGGACAGAGGUCCUGGCGCCAAGGAGUACUAAGUUUUGACCUUUCGGAUCCUGAAAAAGAGAAGGUGGGAAUUCUUGCCAUUCAGCUGAAGGAGAGAAAUGUUGUUCACUCGGAAAUAAUAAUAACUCUUCUGAGCAAUGCUGUUGCGCAGUUUAAGAAGUAUAAGUGUCCGAGAAUGAAAAGUCAUCUAAUGGUCCAGAUGGGAGAGGAAUAUUACUACGCAAAGGAUUACACCAAAGCUUUGAAUCAGGAAUACAACCAGUUCUGUGUGAUCCAGGAAGCGUCCAAAGCAAGCGAAGUUUUAGAAAACUUGACUCAGGGGAAGAUGUGCUUAGUUCCUGGAAAAACGAGGAAGUUUGUGUUUAAAUUUGUUGCAAAAACUGAAGAUGUGGGAAAGAAAAUUGAGAUCACCUCCGUGGACCUGGUGCUGGGCCACGAGGCGGGAAGGUGCGUGGUUUUAAACUGGCAGGGCGGAGGCGGAGACGCCGCUUCCACCCAGGAAGCCCUCCAGGCCUCGCGCUCUUUCAAACGACGGCCCAAGCUCCCUGACGACGAGGUGCACUGGGACAGCGUCCUGGUCCAGGCCAGCACCAUGGUCAUCUCCAGAGUUCCAAGCAUCUCGGUGCACCUGCGGCACGACCCGCCUGCCCUGACGAACGAGAUGUACUGUUUGAUUGUGACCGUUCAGUCCCACGAGAAGACCAGGAUCCGAGACGUGAAGCUCACUGCAGGUUUGAAACCCGGACAGGAUGCCAAUCUAACUCAGAAAACUCAGGUGACCCUUCACGGGACAGAGCUGUGCGAUGAGUCCUGCCCGGCCUUGCUCACCGACAUUCCCGUGGAGGACCUGCGUCCCGGGGAGCAGCUGGAAAAAACUUUAUACAUCCGCUGUGGCACAGUGGGUUCCAGAAUGUUCCUCGUGUAUGUUUCUUACCUGAUCACUACAACUAUUGAAGACAGAGAAAUCGUCUGCAAGUGUCACAAGGAUGAAACCGUAACGAUAGAAACGGUCUUUCCAUUCGACGUAGCAGUUAAAUUUGUUUCUACAAAGUUCGAGCACCUGGAGAGGGUCUACGCUGACAUCCCCUUCCUGCUGAUGACCGACCUGCUGAGUGCCUCCCCCUGGGCCCUCACCAUCGUCUCCAGCGAGCUGCAGCUCGCGCCCACCAUGGCGUCUGUGGACCAGCUGGAGUCCCAGGUGGACAAAGUUGUCUUGCAGACCGGAGAGAGCGCGAGCGAGUGCUUCUGUCUGCGGUGCCCGGCGGCGGGGAACGUGGAAGGUGGAGUGGCCACGGGGCAUUACGUGAUCUGCUGGAAGAGGACCUCGGCCGCGGACAGCCUCCCUGCCAUCAGCACCGCCAUCACCCUGCCGCACGUGAUCGUGGAGAACAUCCCCCUGCACGUGAGCGCAGACCUGCCGUCGUUCGGCCGAGUCAGGGAAUCGCUGCCCGUCCGGUAUCACCUGCAGAACAAGACCAGCCUGGUUCAGGACCUGGAGGUCUCUGUGGAGCCCAGCGACGCCUUCAUGUUCUCGGGGCUUAAGCAGAUUCGGUUACGGAUCUUACCAGGCACUGAACAGGAAAUGUUAUACAACUUCUAUCCUCUCAUGGCCGGAUACCAACAGCUGCCAUCUCUCAACAUCAACUUGCUUAGAUUUCCCAAUUUCACAAACCAGCUGCUCAGGCGUUUCAUACCGACCAGUAUUUUUGUAAAGCCACAGGGCCGACUCGGGGACGACGCCUCCAUCGCCGCUGCAUGACAUUCACGCCGGGCCUGGCCGUGCUCGCAGACGCUGGACAGAGCUCCCUGAGGCUUUCAUUCCGAGCUGUAGCGUUGAUCGUGGUGAACGUUAAUCUUUAUUUUUUAAUGGAUGUUAUACCAGCUAUUCAGAGGAACUCGUGCAUAAGAGAUUAGCAAAGCCUAUCCUCUGCGUAGUUUCACUAAUAAAUCUUUGAAAUCUGUCAGUGCGACGUGACAGCUGUCAGACCAUUAUUGUUGAAAGUCAUUUGUGAAUAGUAAAUUCUUUUCAACGUAGUGAAGUGCAUGUGCAGCUUCCGGAAAACCCAGCCCUACCGGAGUGGACGGGAGGGGCAUGCACCGGGUCUGGGGGAAGCUCUCCAUCCCCAGCAGCCACGGGGCUCACCCCAAGGUGGUCAUCCUCACAUCUCAGUGUGUGCUCACGGCGCGGACACAGCUGAGCAGCCACCCAGGACCGAUCCAGAAGACUUGCUGACAGCUUUCAUCGGAGCAGUCUGAGCUCUCUCACACGUGGCUUCACUUACCACCAAAUCAUGUCAGAGGGGUCAGCUCCCACCAAGCGUGGCUCCUCUGUGGGGCGCGUUUGUGUCUGUCAUUAAGACCCUUAUCUGUAAGGGCCCAAACUGCAAGGACCUGGUCGUCAGCGUAAUUCCCUAAACAGGAAAGUUUUUUAAAAGAUUCAAGGUCUAAAUAAGAGCUUUUUGUUACGUUGUGCAGUUUAAAAACAACCAUUUAGGUUCUCGAAAAUUCAUGUAAAUAAAAAUCACAUUGUGAAAAUCUCUUUGUUUAAAUAUUUUAAUUUAAAACUACCUGAUUUCCUGGAAAUGUUGAUUAUUUAAACAAGUGGGAGUUGUAAAAAGGAAACUGGUGUAAAUAAAUGUGUUCUCUUUCAACGUG